AUGCCGGUUGAUAGCGCUUCCGAUGUCGCGGACGCCCUAGUACGCAAGUACUCCGAAGGAAACAAUGUCCUUACAAAUGUCUUUGCGGCCUUUGCUGCAAUUGCCUGGCACAAUGCCAUUGAAGUCAUUAUUCUGUGCUUUGCAUCAUUUAAGCGGCGUCGUGGAUGCUACUUCUGGAGUUUGCUUAUUUCGUCCGCGGCUAUUAUCCCCCAUUGUCUCGGCUACGUUCUCCUCUUCUUCCCAACCGGCGUCUCAUCCUACGUUUGCGUGACCUUGAUUAUCUUGGGUUGGAUUCCAAUGAUCACAGGCCAAUCGAUGGUCCUCUGGUCUCGUCUACACUUAGUGCUGCAGAAUUCGAAAAUCCUCUGGGGAGUUCUAGGCAUGAUCAUCAUCAAUGCGAUCUGCCUCCAGAUCCCGACAACAGUGUUACUCUACGGAACUGUGGCAGAACCGACCAGUGCCUUCGCAAAUGGAUACAACAUCAUGGAACGAAUUCAGCUCGUCGGGUUUUGUGUCCAGGAAUUGAUCAUCUCCGGUCUCUAUGUCUGGGAGACGGGGAAAUUGCUACGUCUUCGUCCACAAGGCCGACCACAUGGCAUUCUGCUUCAACUUUUAGCGAUAAACAUCGUCAUUCUUGUCCUUGAUGUGGCCGUCGUCGCCAUCGAAUAUAUCGGCUAUUAUGCUGUGCAGGUCAUGUUCAAGCCUGUGACCUACGGGAUUAAACUGAAACUAGAAUACGCAAUCCUUGGAAAACUCGUCGCUAUCGCUCGAGGAUCAUACCAAGAUGAGCUGCCCUCCAGCUCUCAGGAUAUCAUAUCGUUCCCUUCCUCUCAGAUAUCGCCGUCGAAUACCGACUCUCGCCGAAACAUUCAUCAACAGUACAGCGUUCCCUGGUUCAUGCAGAGAUCGCAUCCCUCUACCUAUACAUCUACAGGGAACUGA